UGAACGAUAAAAGGACGACCACAAGCCUCGCUGAGUACACACUCCUGAAGUAUCAGACCUCAACGGACACACAGUCAUCUCAGCAGUACAGCCAAAAUCAGCCAAGAUGUGUUGCAAAGGUUUCCUUAAAGUCAUGAUGUUCAUCUUCAACGGUGGCAUCUUUUUGGCAGGUGCGGCCAUUUUGGGAGUUGGUAUAUGGGUGACGGUGGACAGCGACUCUUUGAUGAGUUUGGUGGAGAAAGUGGUCAAGUUGCCAGAUGAGAUCUUCAAGCUGAACUAUAUAGGCUAUAUGCUGAUCGGAGUGGGCGCCGUGCUUGUGAUCAUUGGCUUUCUGGGAUGCUGCGGCGCCAUCAGAGAGAGCAAGUGUAUGCUGCUGACGUUCUUCAGUCUUGUGCUGAUCAUCUUCAUCGUGGAGGUUGCAGGGGGUGUGGUGCUGUUCGUCUUCAACGACGAGGUUGAUGAAAUCUUCAACAAUUUAGAGAAUGACGUAAGGACAGACAUUCAAGCACACUAUGGACAAGAUACAGAAAUAACCGAAAUCUGGGAUUCAACCAUGGAGCAGUUUCGUUGCUGUGGUUACAAGAACUACACAGAUUUUUAUGGCUCCCCUUUUAACAUCAAUGGAGGAGAUAUUUACCCCCCACCAUGCUGUUCUGGCAAAUCACCAUGCAUUGCACCUGCUGCAAAACUCUUGAACAUUAAAGGUUGCUUUGUUAAGCUGGUGGACCUGUUGGAGGAAAACUCUGUGAUAAUUGCUGGUGUAGCUAUAGGAGUAGCUGCCCUUGAGAUCGCUGCCAUGGUGGUUUCCAUGGUUCUCUACUGCAAUGCUGGCAAAAAGUGAAAGUGAUUCGCCCUGGGGAUGAUAAAAAAAAAAAGAUGAUGGAAUUGGUUGCAAUAAAAAAAGCACAUUUUAUGUAAAAAGUUUUCCUGAUAUUUAAUUCAAGCAGGUUGAUUCAAACAUGAACAGAUGACACUCUUUUUGCAGUGUCAUCACUCUUUACGAGCACUAAAAUAUGGAAGGAAUACUAAUAUGUUGUGCAUUUUUAAAACCGUUGGUUAAUAUUUAUAAUGCAAUUUACUUAAAGUUUUAGGAAGUCUUAACCUGCACUGACGUUGUUUGUGCUGAUGUAUUCCACAUUGAGAUGUAAUGAUGCACACUGAGGUGACUUCUGUUGAGCUUUUAUGUCUUCUUUAUGUUACUCACAUUUAUGGCAAUAAUAGAAUGCAUUUAUUUUGUAUUUUUUUUAAUUAUGUAGGGAUGGCGAAUGAAACUGUCUUGUUUGAGAAAUGUGAUUUCUUUUGUCUUUGUAACAUGUUUGUGCAGUUUUGUGCAAUAAACAUGAAGAACAGAACACA